GACUUGCAAUUGAAUAAACAAACAUGGAGUCCACUAAACAACACCCAACAACGAAUAUUUAGAUCUAGUCAAAAGUUUUCUUCCUUGCAAAGAACUUUGAAGGUUCUUACCAAACAAUGGCGAAGAAAGCUGUGUUGAUCGGGAUCAACUAUCCAGGAACUAAGAUAGAACUAAAAGGCUGCGUCAACGACGUUCACCGGAUGCACAAGUGCCUCGUUGACCGGUACGGGUUCUCCGAGGAAGACAUCACGGUGCUGAUCGACACCGACGAUUCUUACACGCAACCCACAGGCAAAAACAUCCGUAAUGCCUUGUCUGAACUCAUAACGCCAGCAAAGUCCGGUGAUGUUCUGUUCGUGCAUUAUAGUGGACACGGUACGAGGGUCCCACUGGAAGAAGGGGAGGAGGAUGAAACAGGGUUUGAUGAGUGUAUUGUUCCUUGCGACAUGAAUCCAAUCCCUGAUGAUGAUUUCAGGGAGUUAGUGGACCAGGUUCCCCCAGGGUGUAAGAUUACGUUCGUAUCAGACUCUUGUCACAGUGGUGGACUCAUCGAUGGAGCCAAGGAACAUAUUGGAGAGAGCACCAAUAAGAACCGAAACCAAGAACCAAAAGCUUACUUUUUCGAACUCGAGAUAUGGAACUUCUUUAAUAGCGUGUUGAUGAAGUUUCUUGCGCUUUGUGGGAUCUGGAGAUCUCAGGAAGAACAAGACAAGAUUGAGAUCACAGCGAGAUACGAAGUUGGCAAAUCAAGGUAUCUGCCAAUGGAGAGCUUCAUCAACGUUCUCAAAGAGAAAACUGGCAAAGACAACAUCGAGAUUGGGAAAAUCAGACCGACAAUUUUCGAUGUGUUCGGUGAAGAUGCGAGUCCCAAGGUGAAGAAGUUCAUAAAAGCGAUGCUCACCAAGCUAGAUCAAAGUGGUUUAGUUGAGAGUGGUCGUGAGAUCUAUAGAGGAGGAUCAAGCAAGGGGUCGGUUCCAGACAGAGGGAUACUGUUGAGUGGGUGUCAAACGGAUGAGACAUCAGCAGAUGUGAAGAAGAGUGGAGAAGCUUAUGGAGCUUUUAGUAACGCGAUUCAGAUGGUUUUGUCGGGAGGUGGUGGGGAGAAAGAUAAGAUCACCAAUAGGGAACUGGUUUUGAGAGCAAGAGAGAUGCUGAAAGAACAAGGGUUUACUCAGAGACCAGGAUUGUAUUGUAAUGACCGUUUUGUGGAUGCCCCGUUUAUAUGCUAACUAUUGUUUUCAUUCAAAACUGUUUUCGCUACUGAUGGUUGUGAAAGUUUUUGUUCGAUAUGGUGUGAACCCAGAGAAUAUAUUGGCCACAAAGUCAUUUUCCUAGGUAUUGGUUCACUCAUGUGGGGGCAGUUAACAAUAACAGCACCGUUAUCCACCAUUAUCGGUUAA